CCGGGCCACAGCGCUGCGGGGCGGCGGCUGGACCGCGGAGCCACCCGGACCAUGCCGGUCACCGGGAAGACUUUCCGCCGGCGCCGGGCCGACUCGGAGUCGGAGGAAGAUGAACAGGACUCAGAAGAGGUUCGAUUAAAACUAGAAGAAACCCGAGAAGUGCAGAACAUGAGGAAGAGGCCCAACGGAGUGAGCGCUGUGGCCCUGCUGGUGGGAGAGAAGGUACAAGAAGAGGCCACUCUGGUGGACGAUCCCUUUCAGAUGAAGACAGGCGGUAUGGUGGACAUGAAGAAGCUGAAGGAAAGAGGCAAAGAUAAGAUCAGUGAAGAGGAGGACCUCCACCUGGGGACGUCGUUUUCGGCGGAAACCAACCGCAGGGACGAGGACGCUGACAUGAUGAAGUACAUUGAAACGGAGCUGAAGAAGAGGAAAGGGAUCGUGGAACACGAGGAACAGAAGGUGAAACCCAAGAACGCAGAGGACUGCCUUUACGAGCUCCCGGAAAACAUCCGCGUCUCCUCGGCCAAGAAGACGGAGGAGAUGCUGUCCAACCAGAUGCUGAGCGGCAUCCCCGAGGUGGACCUCGGCAUCGAUGCGAAAAUUAAGAACAUCAUCUCCACGGAGGACGCCAAGGCCCGGCUGCUGGCAGAGCAGCAGAACAAGAAGAAGGACAGCGAGACGUCCUUCGUGCCCACCAACAUGGCGGUGAACUACGUGCAGCACAACCGAUUUUAUCACGAGGAGCUCAACGCCCCGAUACGGAGAAACAAAGAAGAGCCCAAAGCCCGCCCGUUGAGAGUGGGGGACACCGAGAAGCCGGAGCCUGACCGGUCCCCCCCGAACCGCAAGCGUCCCGCUAACGAGAAGGCCACCGAUGACUAUCAUUACGAGAAGUUCAAGAAGAUGAACAGGCGGUACUGAGGGCGGCCAGAGGGGAGCAGUGCAGGAUGGAGGUGAACAGCACAGCCUCUGGUCGGCGGGAGGGGGCUCCUGCAUGGGAACCUGGCCGUGGGCUGGCAGGCAGCUCCAAGAACAGACUCUCAGUCCUGCUGCUCACCUGCCGGGUUUUUCAAGCUCUGAAUUUGUAAUCUUCUGAAACAAAACAAUAUGUGGGUUUUUUUAUUUGGGGGCAGACUCUUCUUGUGAGCAUUAUUAAAUCUUGUUUGUAAAUACGUUGCCGUUUUUGUAACAUGUGCCCUGCCUCAGGAGGAAACAGCUGUGUGUUCAGGGUGAGAUAAUACCCUUUAAAUUGUGCUCUUAUUAUUACACGUGUCAUUGAAUCUGCAACGUCCAAUUGUCUGGCACGGGGUUGAGAAACGCAGCAUCCUUCACUGUCUCCAGUGGAUCCAGCGGACGGCAGAAAAAUCUAGGAUGGGAUCAAAGGGACUGGUAUUUUCUGACUUUCACAAAGUUGCCUGUUUCUUUUCAUGAAGAAGGAAAAAUCACGUGUCUCUAUCACCUCUGCACUUCGGUAUUAAAUGUGAAAUGAAUCCA